AGACGCUCGAAAACGCGCCCGUUGUGGUGUACAUAUUGCGGUAAUGAACACGCUCGCAGUCGAAAACAUGUGGAAAAGUAAUUGCUUCGCAACAAAAAAAGGGAAAAAAUAGGCAUUAUCGGAGACCGAUGCCGAUGUUACUCACCUCAUGUUUUGGCGUAGUUUUUUUAAGGGGGUCGUGGGUCGUGGUGUUCCGACUAACCUCGCCGCAGGUUCCUGACGACAGACUUUACGCCGCUGCCGCUCAACGGCAAGUCCGCAACCAAGUACCCGACGCGCAUCCUGCACGACGGCGUCCUGGAGGUGUGGUACCGGCGGGACGACACCUUCCAGCUGCCCGUCGCCUUCCUCUACUUCCAGCUCGUGUCGCCGCUGCCCAUCAAGUCACUGCAGAACGCCGUGCUGCUCGAUUUGCUGGUGACGGUCCUCAAACAGCAACUCGUGGAGGAGCUGUACCCGGCUGAGAUGGCGCUGCUCAACUACUGCGUGUACUCCAACGAGAAGGGGCUCGUGGUGCGCGUCGAGGGCUUCAGGUGCUCGCUCGCCGCCAAUGCCCCUCUCCACCCUGUGGCUGUGGUCGUGUGGAGGGCGCGGCUGGCGCGGCUCGUGGGGGAUCGAGUGUCCACACACACAGUGAAGAGGGUGGGGAGGGGUUGCACCACACCCCGCACGAGCACCCGAGUGCAGCCGGAGCUCACCCCGCCAUUGUCGCGCCCCCGUGCCGCCAGCCAGAAGCUGCCGCUGCUGCUCGAUGCCAUCUUCGCGCAGUUGUCGCGCGUCGCGGAGCACGUGGACGGCGCCCUGUUCGCCGCCAUGCAGGAGAGCCUGCGGCGCCUGUACCACAACACGUUCGUCAACCCCACCAAGCUGGCCAACGAGCUCCGCAUGUCGCUGCUGCUCCAGAUAUACUGGACGCCCGUGGACAAGUACGGCGUCAUCGCGCAGACGACCCUGGAGCAGCUCAAGAGCUUCGCCAAGGACUUCCUCCAGCGCAUGUACAUCCAGUGCCUCGUCCAGGGCAACGUGAGCAUGGAGGGCGCGCUGACCAUCUGCCGCCGCGUGGCGGACACCCUCCGGUGCCGGCCCCUCAAGGCCAAGGACUUCCCCACGCUGGCCGUGUGCCAGGCAAGAUGCUCCGCGCCCCUUACGGGGCUGGCCUCCAACGUGCCUCUGGGCGAGAGGUGCUGCCGGGUCCGCACCUUCAACCCGGACGAUAAGAACUGCAGCACCGUCAACUACUACCAGUGCGGGCGUGCCACCGUGGUCAAGUGCUGCAUGUCGGAGCUGCUGGUGCAGCUGCUGGACGAGCCCGUGUUCAACGCGCUGCGCACGCGCGAGCAGCUGGGCUACGACGUCACGUGCCAGCGCCGCACCACCUACAACACCCUCGGCUUCCUCAUCACGGUCAACUCCCAGGCGGACAAGUACACGAUGGACCACGUGGACAGCCGCAUCGAGGCCUUCCUCAGAGACUUUAGUCACGCCCUCAAGACGCAGUGCACCCGCCGAUUCAAGUUCGUGAAACGCUCUCUACGCGACGAGAAGGAGUGCGUGGACUUCGAUCUCCAGGACGAGGUGUCGCGCAACUGGAAGGAGAUCACAUCCAACACGUACAUGUUCGACCGGGCCGAGCGGGAGCGACAGUGCCUCAAGAACAUCCGGCUCAAGGACCUCCGGAAAUGGUGCGACGCUCGCCGGGACGGAGGGGCGUGCUCGUGUGCUCGUGCAGCUACUGACGGCGCCUCGCGUUGCCCGCCACACACAGGUUCCUUGCCCACCUGGGCCAGGACACGCGCCGCAAGCUGUCGGUGCAGGUGGUUGGAAAUCGCGACGGCGGAACGUCCGAAGAUGCGAGCGCGUCAGCGACGGCGGCGGCGUCCUCUGCGGCGGCGGCGGCGGCGCCGACGGCGCCACCCGUCCCCGUCCGGGGGCGGCUCUCCUUCCGGAACAAUAACAUUAUUCAGGCAAGGUCGAGUUCAAAUCAAGUACAAAAUCAUUCAUACACCCAAUCAAUGCCUAAGCAAUAAUGAAGAAUACAAAACUGAUGCUCAAAUCUUUCUCAAUCUUCUUCAUGAUGACUUUUUUUCUCAUAAUUGGACCAGAAAUGAAAAUAUGAUGAAAAGAUUCAUAGAUUGA